UGACAUAUUAGAUUUGUGUUAUAGCUUAUAGUUCUUAAAUGUAAGAAAAGACAAACAUGUUUCAGAAAAUUCUUAGGCGCUUAUUUCUAAAGAAGAAAGAAGUUGACAAUUCCAUUUUUCAACUUUGUUACAAAUGGACGGUUUGGAAGCUUGCUGUUUUUAGUUUUAUCGUGACUUGCAGACUUUUUCUUGGCGAUUCUUUCGAAUGUAUCAUAUCAACUGAUACAACACCUUCGAGUUAUAUGGAGACCAAAUGCUAUGCCGAUACUGUAUUCUCAUUACCUGUUCAAGAAAUGUAUACGAAAGGUUCUCCAGUUAUUCGACUAGGAAGUGAGUACAAGCGAUAUCAAACAUUUUAUUCUUGGGUGAAUUUAUUUCUUCUCUUACAAGCUUUUAAUUUUUAUCUGCCUCAUCUGUUCUGGAAGUCAUACGAACUAGGAUAUACAAAAUACCUCAGCAGUGGUAUUAAGGAUGGCUUCUCCUUCGAUGAGAAAACAUAUAAAGAAUUGUGUUACUUGACCAGCUAUAUCCUGAAUACUCUAGGGAAAUAUAAAAUGUACACAAGUUUGUACAUCUUUUUUGAAGUUUGCAAUUGCGUCAUUUCAAUUACCCAAAUUUACUGUCUGAUUACCUUCUUCGAUAUAACAGGAAUUCCAGAUGGUCUGCCGAUUUCUCUCACGACGUGGUCAGAUUUCCAAAAAUUUUAUUUUCCACCAUCGGGUAAUUGCCUUGCCACCAAAAUUAGUGCUACAGGCAAUGUAACGAAGUUUAAUGCUGUUUGUAUCUUGCCUCUCAACCAACUGUACAUGAUGUUGUAUCUGUACCUCCUUGUUUGGUACGUACUUUUAAGCAUUCUUUGCGCGAUUGUGUUGAUUUAUCGAGUAGCUUUGUUAGUUCGCAAACUAAGAGUGAAAGUAAUCCAGAUCUUAGUCCCAUUGGCUGAAAAAGAGACUAUAGAAGUACUCUUUUAUGGUUUAUCAUAUUCUGAUUUUAUCUUUUUGACAAGGCUCCGGAAAACCAUGACAGAUGUCGACUUCACACAGAUGCUGGAGAAGAUAUAUAUAACAUAUAAAUGCACACAGAGAGAUGAAAAUGAAGACCACCAGAGUUUGCCUCCUGCAGAAGUCCAUAAUCAGGUAAACAGCUCAUCACGAGCAUCUACAAGGUCUGUUGCAUCUCAGCAUAAAAGUGUGAGAAAGCAAUCUAGAAUCCUUUAAUAUUUCUUUAAUGCUCUACAAACUCGAGCUACUAUUUUAAGAGCAACUAAUUGCAGAGGUUUUAUAAAGAAUGCUGUAUAGUUAUUCAUGCAAAUAUAUUAACUACAAAAGAUUUCUUCUUGCAAUAAGUAUACGCAAACAAAAUGUCUUAUUACUUGUGCAUUUGCGUUUGAUCAGGAUAUACUUUAAUAUAAUCAACAGAGUUUUAAACAGAGUUUAUAUUGUGAAAAUUUUAUAGAAGAAACAAUGAGAAAUAUCAUGAAAGAAAUAUUGGGAAAAUUUUUAAAUAUAAACUUUCUUAAUUUUUUAGAAAUAAACAUCUUAGCUUUUAGAAAAUACACAGUACAAGAGUAUAUUUUAUCGUUAUUUUAUACUGUUUUAUGUAUAUGGUUUUGCAAGAACAUGUGUUUAUAUAUAAGAAUUUGUGCACACGCAUGUUCUUCGAUUUACAAAGAGUGGUUGUCUUUUCCAGUUAUAAUACAGUUACACAUUUAUCUUUUAUAUUUUUAUUUCUUUAAUGCAUUUAACAUUGCAUGAGAGAGUUUAGCGAAAACAAUUAUGAAGUGAUUUAUUUUUUAAAGUUAAUGUUCGCUUUCGAAAUUAUUUAAGUACGAUACGAAAGUACGAAAUAAAAUAUUUAUACUAUAAAAAUCAGACAAUUUCCUUUACAAGGCAAUAUACGCCAACCAAGUUCCUCUAGACUUGAUAUUCCCGGCAAUAAAACAUGUUUUCGUUAUAACUUUAUUUUCAGUUGUUAUAAAAUUGUUCUAUGCAUAAGAAAUGGGUACUAUUCGGUUUCGAGGGCCGUAAAAAAUCGCCAAACUAUUGUU